UCAGUUGCUUCUGACGCUUUUGGCUAUUAAUAAUAACAGCAAACAUGACGCGACUCUCUUGACUGGAAGUGUAGUUAUGGCAAAAAAAUAGUAACAAAAACUGAUCGCAUAAUUCAAGGUCGCGCAGUGAAGUAAUAAAGAAAAUCAACAGGUGGAAGUGAAGUAAAAUUCGCAGUGCUUAAGUGUCAAGUCAAGUAACCCGAAAAAUACAACGAGCACUUGAGAAUUUCUAUUUAAUUACGUCCCAACACGGGCACACACACAUGUGCACAACGAUAAGAUAAGCCAAAGUCUAGAUAGGAGGGGAAAGGAAAAUAAGAAGGAAGAGGUAGUUACCACAAAACUCCGGUUGUCGUAAGAUGCCAUGGGCAAGUGUGUCUCCCGGCAGUCGCCGCCGCUCCACGAACUCGAGUCCCCAGCCGCGGAGCAUCAUCAAUCUGUAUUGACAAUCGCACUGUCGCACGAAGAUUUGGCCAAGGCGCACAAAAUCUGGCAACAGUUGACAACGAGUAAUGAAUAUAUAGCAGCAGCCAGCCAGGAGGAACCGGAACCCAAGACCGAACCCGAACCCGAACCCUUUUAUUACACCAUAAGUCGGCGAAAGGAACAACCUGAGCAGGCCGUGUUGCACAUCGAAUCCCUUUACAAUGAUGCCCCAGCGGAGCCACUGACUUUGGCCAGCGAACCGGAGUACUCCACUUGCCAGGAAUUCCUGCUGCACGAGCUGCUGCAGGCCAUCGAAACCGCCGCCGAGGAGCAGGCAUCCGCAUCCACAUCCACAUCCAGCAACCACAUUCUGAACAAGGCCAAAAUCAGGCCAGAACCUCAAUUACCAGUCGAGAACAACGGCUGGCUGGCGGGCCAGGCCGAGAGCAAGAAGCAGGGCAGCAAGUCAAGCCGCCGCCACCACAAUGGCAACGGAAACAGUAAUGGCAAUCCCUCGGAGGCGCUGGAUCAGACGGUGCACACCAAAGGCACCGCCAUGUCCUUUGGCUUCCGCAAAAAGCUCAAUGGGACGCCCAAGAAGUUCAAGAAACUCCUGGAAGGCGGCGACAAAAGCGCAACUUGCACAGACACAAAGGACGACAAUGGCAACGCAGCUGCUGCGCCCGUUCACUUUGAGAAAGUAGGCGCCGCCGCUGCCCAGAAAAGCGGCACUUUGUUGGUGGCAGGUGCGGCCGGGGCGCGUUUCGGCUAUCGUGGGGCGGUGCCACGCCCCGCUUCCGCGGGCCUAACUGCGCCCAGCGAGGAAUCCGAAUCGGAAUCGACGGCCAAUGCCCAGAACAACAACAACAAUAACAACAUUCGCGGUGCGGGAAGCGGUCCGGUGUUGGUGAGCAAUUUGAAACGCCGCUCCAAGAGCGCACACGCCGGACGAUCCGGCGAUGGUGAGCCCAAAAUAGCCCAGCCCAAGACGCUGACGUUCAACCUGAACCAGAACACCACCAUCGAGUACCAGCGGCGGCAGUUCUUCGGCGAGAUAGCGGACGAAACGUCGGGUUCGGGAUCGGUAUCGGGAUCCGGAUCUGGGUCGGGAUCGAGAGCAAUGCAGCCGCGCUAUAACUACAACAACCUGGCCAGCAUGCAUGCCAAUGUCAUAGUUCGCCCCACACCGCGACCCACUCCAGCCAGCUUUGCCAAGUUCACCCUGCAGACGGUGAGUUUGCCCCGGCCGGAGUAUCCGGUGGCCAUCAGUCUGACGGCCACGACACCGACCACGCCCAGCAGCAGUGUCCAGUCGCCGGUGCCCGCUCACGCUCACGCCCACGGCCACGGCCACGGCCACGGCCACGCCCACUCGACGGGUGCCCGGGCCAAGGAGAUCACGACCAGUUCGCGGCAACAUCCGUUGACCUCGGUGCAUGUGCAGCCACAGACACGACAUCUUGACCAGAAGAGCGUGAAGCAGCUGACAAACAACUCGACGCGUCGAGGAUUCUCCGGCAGCAGGGAGAUAAGUGCGGAUUCGGGGAUAGCCAGCAUGGACAUGGCCAUGGACAGCAGCUCGGGCAGUUCGGUGGGUUCGAAGAGGAGUCGCAGCCGGCCCAGGAACCUCAAGAUGGUUAUGAGUGGACGGCACACUUUCGAGGUGCGCGAUGCCGACGAUCCGCCCUCCAGUGAGUCCAACUCGUUUGUGGAGCCAUUGGCACUUCCAAAGCUGCCCACUGAUGGGAGUCAGAGUAUUCCGCUGCCACUAUUGGGCCUGGUGCGAUCCAAUACGGUGUUGAGUCGUGAGAGUUACGAACGACGUCAGGCGGAGACCCCAGGAUCCCAGGAUCCGCAGGAUCAGCAGGAUCAACGGCAAGCGGAAAAACCCAAGGCCAGUGGCUCCGAUGAGAGCGAGAGUGUGGACGAGGAGAAGCUAUAUCUGGACUCGUCCACCUCCGAGAAGAGUGCCAAGCACCAGAGCCACUCCUCGGUGGCCUCCACUUGGCGCCUGCAGGCGGGCGAAUCUCUGGCCGCCCAGGAUUGCAGCAGCAUGAGCAUGAGCAUCAGUAGCGAUACCCAGGCACCUGAGAAUCCGCGGGACAAUGACAAGGAGGAGGACAUGUCCCUGGGCCUGGAUGAGAUUAGUCUUAUCAACACCGACAUGCAGUUUAGCACAAUCUCUUCAAUGACGGAUACUGCACCCAAAGUGGGACAGGAGCCGCUGCUCAACCUCAAUCUGGUGGACAAUCGUGAGGCAGGCACCUCGCGUCCCCGCUCCUUUAACAAUGCCCUCAACGAAUCCAAGUUUGCCCAACUGGCUUUGGCCAGCAGUAGUUGUCUGCUGUUGGAUGAUGAGACCUCACCCACAGACAGUUUGGUCAGCAGCACCGAGGAUUCCGAGGAGGCAGGCGGCAAGCUGCAGAAGCACAAGUUGAACGAGGAACGGCAGCAGAAGGACAUCGAUGACAUUGAUUUGGAUGACAUCUCCCCCGUUCUCGAACUGGAUUUGGAUCCGCCGGGCAGCCACAGUCCCAUUUCACCGGGCACCCCAACACACGCCUCACAUUCCCUUUCCCUGGGCUCGGAUUGUGGAAAUCUCAUAGACGAUGAGAUCGCCGAUCAGCCGGCCUUGCUAUGCAACAGUGAAGCCCAAGAGGUGGCCACCGAUACACCCACUUUGAUGGAAACGCUCACCCACACCCAAACAGGAUCGCUGAGGUCCCUGAAGAGUCAGUCGAAGGCUCGUACCGCUCUGCAGCAGGCCAUUGAGUUGAGCCUUAGGACUCCGGCGGCGGUGCGAAAGGCAGUGAUGGAUCGGGCCGAAUCCUUGGACACCCUGUCGCCCUGCGAGUCCAUCUGCUCCGAUGACCUGAUGAUGGACUUCGAUAUGAACAGCAGUGUGGACUCCAUUGAUCACAUGGCCAGUGCCACGGGACGCAGUCGCAGUGGCUCGGAUCUGCACAGGAUUGGCCAGGACAUCGAUCCCAUGCAGGCGGAGACCGAGGCGGAACUCCUAUCGGAGCUGGAACGCAAGGGCAGCGAUGUGAUGAAGGAGCUCAAUACCCUGCUGCGAGGAAGGAAGCAGCGCGGCGGUCCAAGGGAAAGAAUUAGCGCCCAGCUGCCAGCCCGUGCCACCAGAUUGCUGAACCGGUCGCGUCUUCAGGACCAACAGCUCACCGGCAACGAUUCGGACAACAGUUUGAGGUCCACGCACAGCGGCGGAGCUUCGGCGGCCGUUGCUGCCCGGAAGAGAAGCACGGCCAACUCCAGGACCUCGUCCGGCUCCACCACCAGUCUGCCCCGCCAGCGGCACCUGCAGCAGCAGCACCUGGGAUUGGGCGGUGGCGGAGGCGGAGCUGGGGGCGGAGCAACUGCAUCAUCCGGAGCAGCAGGACACAGGUGCACGGGCGAGCUGCACAGCUCAUCGGACGAUCUGAUGUUGUAUGACAAGUCCUUCCGCAAUGCCAUGAUCCAGGAUGUGCUGCAGUUCAAGAAGCAGCUGCUGCGACUGCGGCGGAUACUCCAGGAGGAGCCAGAUUUUGAUUUAAAGCGGACGGAAACGCUCAAUCCUUUCGAGAACGACAACGUUCAGCUGUUCGCCGCCUGCGGACUGGAUAGCAAGCAGCUGAAUGACAUCGAUCUGGCCAGCCUCACCUCGUCCACGACGGAGGACCCGCUCCAGGAGCUAUCGGAUCUACGUAGACAGGUGGUUUACCUUCAGGGUCAAGUGGACGAUCGUGACCGCACCAUCCGCCUGCAGCGCGAUCUCAUCGAGCAACUGGAGGCCGAGAAGCGGCAGAAGGCAUCCACAUCCACAUGCACAUCCAUCAAUGGCGGUGGUGGCGAUCCGGGCAAGGAGCUCAUCAGCAUGGCCACCCAAACGGAGCGGACACGACCACUUGCCAUUGGUGCGGAGGGUUUGUCCAGAAGUAAGCCCGAAUAUACCAGUUAUACCACGCACUUUCCGACGCUCCACUUGCACGAUUCCACGCUGGCAGCCACCACGAUAAUCCGCCACCACCAGAGCAGCCACAACCAGAGCAGCUACCACCAGAGUAGCCACAACCAACAGCAGAAGGAGCAGGAGCAGAAAUCCUGUCCAUCCCUCAGCCAAACCCGCCGGCACACGAUAAUCUCCACCACGCUGACCAACUAUAAUCAGCAGCUGGCGGCGGCUUUCCCGGAUACCCCCAGACGCUCCUCCAUCGGAUGGGAUACCACGACCACGAUGACCACGCCCAAUGGCAACGCCUACAAGCCCGUGAGGAUUACGCUAAUCGGUGAGGCGCUGCCACCGCAGAAUAAGUCAUCAACUGGAUCGCUAUCAUCGUCGUCGUCGUCCUCCUCCUCAACAUCUUCGCUGUCCCAAAAUCCCAAAGUGGUCAAAAUGCGAUAUCCUAAUGGCUGUCAGAGUGUUAAGAAAGGGUCAAGUGCGCAUUAUCAGCCGUUGUACAACAGCAACAAGAUGACAAGCCCAACCGUAACUAUAGUCUGAUUUAGAUACCAGUUUUCAGUUUUGAACCAAUCCAAUUUGCCGUCGCAAGUCUUCUGGGAAAUCGCUCUAAAAAACAAUACAAAAAAACAGAAUCCAUAAUUGUGAAAAAUAGACCUAGUACAAGAUCUUAAUUAAUUAAUGUAAGCGAUUAACGUACGUUUGCAUCUUAGCCAAGAGCUCUUGAAAAAGCAGUUUAGUAAAAUAUUUGCUUGUAAGAAUGUACUUUAAAUAUCUCCAUAUAUGUAUAUCCCACAUUGCUUCAAUAUAAAAUUAAUAUAAAUUUAACCGUCUUUUUCUGGCUUAGUUUUGGCUUCCAAAUGAUAUUUUGUUAGCCAGAUAUAUAAUAUCGCCAAUCUGAGCAUUUUCAAGAGUCUCCAAAUAAAAUACCAAUAAGCACAAAUCUAAAAAGUGUGCAUUGAAUGUCGUAUACUUCUUAUAUAUGUAAAAUCUAUAAUAGAUCAUAGAAAAUUUUGAUUGUUACUUGUUUUCACCUAAGAUUUAGUCUAAGUUAGUGAGUUUGCCUUGGUUUAGUUUUCCCGACAUUUUGUAUAAUAUGAGCUAUUCUUAGCCACUCGCUGAAUGAGGAAUCAAUAAUGGCAAAACAAAAUAAUAGUUUUUUCUCCAAGAGCACAAUAAUCGUCAAGUAAUUAACCGAUAUUAUAUAACUUAUACUGUAUGUAAACCACUAUUAAAGAGUUAUAGAAAGUACCUAUCAAUAGAGAAAGAUAAA